AUGACUACGGUCCCAACUGCGGGCAGUGGAGGACCAGCCAUGUGGGUGAACUGUGAGGAGUUGGAGAAAGUACUUGUCGGAUCUGACCCUGAGAGGUUUUUUCAAAUUGGCUCGGAAUUGCCGCCCCAAGAGAAGUCAUCACUGACUGCCUUCCUCCGACAGAAUUUAGACGUGUUUGCUUGGAACCCUUACGAGGCCCCCGGGGUCGACCCAGAUUUCAUCUGCCACCGCCUUAAUGUGAACCUGGCCGUAACACCUAAGAGAGGCAUUGAGGCUAACCCUGACCAAAUAAGAGCCAUCCAUAACUUGCGGCCUCCUCGAAACCUUAAGGAAGUCCAGAAGCUUACCGGUAUGAUAGCAGCUUUAAACCGUUUCAUCUCGCGCUCAGCAGAUAGAUGCAACCCAUUUUUUCUCCUAUUGCACAAGUGGAAAGGAUUUGAAUGGAAUGAGGAAUGCGCUAUGGCUUUCCAACAGCUAAAGGAAUACCUCGCCCAACCGCCGAUUAUGUCUAGCCCCGAGGUCGACGAGGUUUUGUUUGCCUACAUAGCUGUGGCCCCGCAUGCAGUAAGCUUGGUGCUAAUCCAAGAAGACAACGGCACGCAGCGACCAGUCUAUUACGUUAGCAAAUCCCUGCAGGAGGCAAAAACCCGUUACCUCCCCCUCGAAAAGGCUAUCUUAGCCAUCGUACAAGCCACAAGAAAGCUACCCCGCUACUUUCAAGCACACACUGUCGUGGUGUUAACUCAACUCCCCUUAAAAUCCAUCCUGCGCAGCGCCGAUUACACAAGUAGAAUUGCAAAAUGGGGAACGAUUUUGGGCGCCUUUGACAUUAGAUACAUGCCUCGCACCGCUGUAAAGGGUCAGGUCCUCGCCGACCUGGUGGCAGAAUUUGCGAAGCCUGCAGCAGAAGGAAAGGAAGUGUCGGUCUUACUGGGGGCUGAUGAGCGGGUGAGCAGCACAGUUUCCCCACGUGGACUCACUUGUUGGAAGGCAUACAUUGAUGGCGCAUCGAACCAAAGGGGCUCAGGGUUAGGACUUGUCCUGCUCUCACCCGAAGGGAUAACCAUAGAGAAAUCCUUGAGACUCGGUUUUUCAGCCACAAAUAACGAAGCCGAGUAUGAGGCGCUAUUGGAGGGAAUGGGAAUGAUCCGAAAGAUGGAGGGGAAAUCCGUAGACAUGUUCUCGGAUUUAAGACUUAUUGUGGGGCAGGUAAAUGGAGACAUGGAGGCAAAGGAUGAAAGAAUGCAAGAGUAUCUAGUUCGGGUUAAGCACCUGCAGACCCAAUUUCAUCACUUUCGCUUGACGCACAUACCCAGAAGUGGGAACACUCAUGCUGAUUCUCUUGCGACGUUGGCUACCUCCUCGGCUCAACCCCUACCUCGGGUCAUACUGGUAGAAGAGAUCCCCCGUCCACUGACAGAGAAGGCCAAUGGGAUUGGAAUACAUAACAUCAGGGCAGGACCGAGCUGGAUGGACCCUAUCGUUCUAUACUUAAAGCAUGACACCUUACCAGAUGAUAAGGUGGAGGCCGGCAAAAUCAGGAGAAAAGCUACCCGAUUCUGGUUGUCGGAGGACUCCAAGCUUUACAGACGCUCGUUUUUAGGGCCGUAUUUGCUAUGUGUGCAUCCAGAGGCUAUAGAACUCAUCCUGGAAGAGUUACAUGAAAGAAUUUGCGGAAGUCACACGGGGGGUAGGUCUUUGUCUCACAGAGCCUUAACGCUGGGUUAUUGGUGGCUGAGCAUGCAUAAGGAAGCCCUGGAUUAUGUGAAGAAGUGCGACCAAUGCCAGAGAUUCGCUCCGAGCAUACACCAGCCUGGUGGAGAGCUAAACCCAAUGUCUAGUCCCUGGCCAUUUGCACAAUGGGGCCUAGAUAUACUUGGUCCAUUUCCCAAGGCAACAGGGAAUAGAAAAUUUCUUCUCGUCGGCACCUACUACUUCACCAAAUGGUUUGAUAGCAAAGCCAUCAGAAGGUACUGCAGUGAGCUGGGAAUUGUUAACCGGUAUUCCACGCCAGCUUACCCCAAGAGUAAUGGACAAGCAGAAGCCGUCAACAAGACCAUAAUGAACGGGUUGAAAAAGAGACUAGAUGACGCAAAAGGAAGAUGGGUAGAGGAAUUAGCCCAUGUCUUAUGGACAUACCGCACCACGCCUCGUAGGUCUACAGGGGAAAUCCCUUUUUCAAUGACCUAUGGGGCCGAGGCUGUCAUUCCAUUGGAGGUGAACUUCCCAACCCAGAGGACCACCACCUUCUGUCCCGCUACCAAUGACAAACUUCUAGAAAAGAGCUUGGACCUCAUCGACGAAAGAAGGGAAGGCACGAUGGUCCACCUAGCUAACUAUCAGUAG